GAGCACACGUUCCUCUCUGCGAUUCUCUAUUUUGGCUUGCUGGUAUCGAGUGCCUUCGGCAGACUCAUCGCAGCGGGCGUGCUCGCCUACAUGGAUGAAGCUAUGGGUGUCCAGCCCUGGAGAUGGCCACUGCAUUUUCAUUCUCGCAGCGAACGGUCUAACUCGUGGAAUAUGCAGGGAUUUAUGAAGAGGCAGCCUCAUAAUACCCGUUGGACGUCAUCUGCAGAGCGCAGGCUCGCACAGAUGCGCCUGGCCGAGGACGUGGGG